CAUUUCUGUUAAUUUUGUGUCACGGUGCGCGCGCAUCGUAAAAUUUCACUCUCAUCAAUUUUUCAUAACGCGCCUAAAGAAGUAUAAUUUCAAAAAUAUCAGCUUUCGGUAAACGCGUAACGAUAAUCUAUGUAACAACUGAAUAAUUUCUAUCUCUUAGUAGUCUAUGUUGAGUUCAGUGUAUUAUCUAUGGUCAAAUUGCAUGACUGGAUUGAUUGCUGAAUUGAAUGUAAUUCUGCAUUCUGCUGACAGUGGCAGAUUUGAAAAUUCUCGGAAAGCGCUAUACGCCACGACGAGGCGACAAAGCUAAACAAACAAAUUAAUUUUAUAUUAUGGUGCUACUUAUUUAAAUCAGUGUUUGUUGAAUUCGAAUAGUACUGAUUAUAUCUGCAUGUGAAGUAUAAACGAUACAAAUCAUGGGGGUAAAUACUUAGUGUACGUAAAUAUUUCGGUGUAUAAAAGUGCCUAUAACGAAAGAGCCAGUGAUAAAAAGUGCUUUAUUCGAAUAUAAUUCGUGAUAGGAACUUCUUUCAAAAGUGCAAUUUUAUUUAAUGCGGUCCUAUCGUGUCUCGGAGAAUGGAUCCCGGGUACUUUGAUAUAGAAAGGAAACAGGAUCCAAGGGAGAAGGCAAAUUUUUUGUCGAAACUAUGCUUCGGAUACACUCUCCCGGUGUUCGUGAAAGGUCGUAAAGGUCAGCUCAGCAUCUCGGAUGUGUACAGAUGCUUGCCUUACUUAAAGGCAACACCACGAGGCGAUGCUCUCGGUGCGAUGUGGACCCAAGAACUGAAGAAGAAAGAAUCGGGAAGAAAACCGUCCCUUCUCGCGGCCAUAUUAAGAAUAUACGGAUUAAAGUUUUUCAUUGGAAAUAUUAUAUUCUCCCUCUUCGAUACAGCUGCUAAGUUGUCGAUACCGCUAUGCCUGGAAGGUCUGAUAAAUUACUUCUCGCCGUCUCACGGCGGGGUCCCGUUCGAACACGCGUACCUAUACGCAGCUGGUGUGGUCGGUUGCAUGGUGGCGAGUGCUAUGAUGAUGCAUCCGUUCCUACUUUGGUUGCUGGACACGGCCGUCAAGAUCAGAGUAGGAUGCUGUUCGCUCUUAUACAGAAAGUUGCUUCGUAUAGAUUUAACCGUCGGUGGCAAGGCUACGGAAGGGCUGGCCGGUCACGUGGUCAAUCUCCUGACCACAGACGCCCAGCGCUUCGACAUGGCCUCGUUAUUCGCGAUGGACCUGAUCCGGACCCCGAUAGAUAGCACGAUCAUCAUCUACCUGAUGUACAGGCAGAUCGGGGUGGCCACAUUAAUCGGGGUGGCUUUUCUGUUGCUCUUCAUUCCACUGCAAGGUUACCUGGGUAAAAUAUCCAGUAAUCUACGCAGGAAGGUGGCGGUGCGCACUGACCAUCGCAUCCGGCUGAUGAAUGAGGUAGUGCAAAGCAUAGAGGCUAUUAAGAUGUAUGCCUGGGAGAAUGCCUUCGCUAGGAUCAUCGGAGAUGCUAGAAAGAAAGAAAUGAACGUGAUAAAGAAGAAGUCGUGGCUCCGGGCGGUGAUGAUAUCCUGCGUAAAGCUGAACACGAAGGUGGCGAUAUUCCUGAGCAUAAUAUCGUACAUCACCUUGGGCAAUGAACUGACAGCGGCCAAAGUCUUCGUGAUAUUCUCUUAUUACGACAUCCUGAAGUACACUCUGGUGGAUUUUUUGCCGCUCGCGAUAACGUUCACGCUGGAGGCGUACGUCAGCGUUAAGAGGAUACAGGAGUUCCUGCUCCUGCCCGAGGUGGAUAAUCAAGACGGAGUAGACCUGGUCACAAUCGAAGAGAAAACUCAGGUUCAGAACGGAGUCUUCGAGAAGAUCGGAAACGGUCAGCAAGCGUAUGUGAAGUCGGAAGCGAACCUGGAAAACCUGAAACCUCAGGUCCUGGUGUCCAUGAAAGAUUUCAACGCGCACUGGAAAAACGCUGAGGACGAAUCUAUGGAUGGAAAAGUGACCGCAUUAGCUAAUAUUAAUCUUACUAUCAAACCAGAAACACUGACGACCAUUGUGGGCACGGUAGGUGCUGGUAAAUCGACGCUGCUCCAAGCGAUCUUACGUGAAAUAAUACCGAGCAGUGGACAUUUGGAGGUCAACGGUGUUGUCGCGUAUGCCGCCCAGGACCCGUGGCUGUUCGAAGCGUCCGUCCGUCAGAACAUACUCUUCGGUCAGGAGUUGGAUCUAAGACGUUAUAAGCAAGUUAUACGAUGCUGUCAGCUGAAGAGCGACUUGGAGAUACUGCCGCACGGAGACAAGACUAUAGUCGGGGAGAGGGGUGCAUCAUUGUCAGGCGGUCAGAGGGCCAGGAUAUCUCUGGCGAGGUGCGUGUACCAGAAUGCGGACGUCUAUCUCCUCGACGACCCGCUGGCGGCCGUCGAUGCUAAAGUGGCGUCCGCCAUGUACGAGGAGUGCGUCCGCGGCAUGCUGCGCGACAAGGCGGUGCUGCUGGUCACCCACCACGUGCAGUACGCCAGGGGCGCCAGCAACGUGCUGCUCAUGAGGAGCGGGAAGAUAGUGGCGCAAGGCACGUAUGAGGAGCUCAAAAGCUCAGUGCCUGAGUUCGAGAAGCUGAUCGAAAUGGGUGAGAAGGUCGAAGAGGAAAAGCUCAAGCAGAAAGCGGCGUCGUACGAGAACCAGGAGAGCAUUGUCUAUAACGUCACAGUGAGGGUCGGGAACAAUGUGUCGGAAUUUAAACGAAGCGAACACAAACUGAAAUCGCAACGUUCAAUGUCUCAAGCGUCUCAAAUGUCAUUCAACAUUGACCUAGACAACAAUUUGGAUCCCAAAUAUGAAGGCGAAUCCCAAGGCACAGGGUCGGUGUCAAACAGCGUUUACAUGGCCUACGUUAGGAGCGGGGGAAACAAAUGGUCCAUGACCCUCUUGAUCGCUCUGUUUCUGGUUGCCCAAGUGUUCUAUUCAUCCACAGACGUUUGGCUGAAGGAGUGGGUCAAUCUGGAAGAGAAGAACAGCGUCAUAAACGUCACCAAGAACAACGAUACCUUGUCUCCUGAGACGCUCUUCAAGAACAUGCCGAGCAAUUAUUUCCAUCUGACGCGCGAACAGUGUCUGUACAUAUACGGAGGCCUCAUCGCUGUCUGCGUCUUCUUCACGUGGAACAAGCUCGUCGUCUUCUACAACACGUGCAUCAGGGCUUCCAUCAGCCUACACGACAACAUGUUCAAGGGAGUGACGUACGCGCCGAUGUGGUUUUUCCACCACAACCCUUCGGGCAGGAUCCUGAACAGGUUCUCGAAGGACAUGGGACAAGUGGACACGUUGCUGCCGCUCGCUCUGGUCGACUGUCUAGGGUUCUUCUUGGAAGUGCUGGCCAUCCUGGUCGUGGUCUGCUUGGUCAACUGGUGGCUGAUACUGCCCACCGCGGUGGUGGCGGCGCUGCUGUUCCUACUCCGGGCCAUGUUCCUCGCCACCAGCAGGGACCUCAAGAGAAUCGAGGCUAUUGCCCGCAGCCAGUCCCUCAACCACGUGUCGUCGACGGUGCACGGGCUGCCCACCAUCCGCUCCACGCGGCAGCACCAGCGCGCCCUGGUCGCCGAGUUCGACAAGCUCCAGGAUCUGCACAGUGCCGCCUGGUCCCUGGUGCUCUCCACCAACCGAGCGUUCGGUCUCUGGAUGGACAUGGUCUGCUGCAUGUACCUGGCUUUGGUCACGUUUAGUUUCUUUGUCUUCGCGAGUGGCGAUACUAUAGGGGGGAGCGUCGGCCUGGCCAUAACGCAGGUCAUAGGCUUGGUGGGGAUGUGCCAGUACGGAAUGAGGCAGACUGCCGAAGUCGAGAACCAGAUGACGUCCGUGGAAAGGAUAUUGGAGUACACGAAUCUGCCCCCGGAACAUCCUCUGGAGACGGACGAGGCUGCCAUCAGAAAGAACCAUCCGGGUCUGGACCUCAGCAAGUGGCCCACUAAAGGCGAAAUUUCCUUCGAGAACGUCUAUUUGGAGUACGAGAAACCGCCUAAAGGGAAGAACGAGGCUCCAAGACCCGAGGCCCCGGUCUACGCGAUCAAGGGAGUCAGCUUCAAGGUCCAGCCGGCGGAGAAGGUGGCUGUGGUCGGCAGGACAGGGGCGGGAAAGAGUUCGCUGCUCAACGCUUUAUUUAGGUUGAGCCGCAUCGCGGGCACGGUGUCGGUGGACCGCGUGACGGCCGAGCAGGUGGGGCUGCGCUGCUGGCGCUCGCGGCUCUGCGCCCUGCCGCAGCGCCCGGCGCUCUUCGCCGCCUCGCUCCGGGACAACCUCGACCCCACGCACUCCGCCACCGACGCGCAGAUAUACGCCGCGCUCGAACAGGUGGAAUUGCUGGAUCUGGUCUCCAGUCUACCCGCAGGCCUGAACACGAAGCUGGGAGACGGCGGAGGCUCCCUGUCGUCCGGUCAGCGGCAGCUGCUGUGCUUGGCGCGCGCCGCGCUGGCCGGCUCCAGCGUGCUGCUGCUGGACGAGGCCACCGCCAACGUGGACACCGAAACGGACAAGCAGAUCCAACGGACGAUAAGGACGAAGUUUUCAAACGCGACCGUGCUCACGAUCGCUCACAGACUAAACACGGUCAUGGACUACGACAGGGUCAUUGUCAUGGACAAGGGGCGCAUAGUGGAAUCUGGUCACCCCCACGAGCUCCUGACGCAGAGCGGCCCGGACCAGACCCGGAGGACGCUGCUGUCCAAGAACCAGGCGCCACUUGCCGUGCCGGAGGAAUGCGAGGGCGCGGUGCACAGAUCCAGGACCUACUCUGAGAAGUCCGCUGACUCCGAGCUGGAGGCGACGGGAGUUUUCAAGACCCUGGUCGAGCAGACGGGGAAGGAAACGGCAGCCAUGCUGAGGAGAGCCGCAGCAGAGAGCUACAAGACGUGGUUGGAAAAGAAAAAAUCUACUUAAGAAUAAUUCGCAGUAUUGACUAUGACAAUCUAUCGUCACACUCGCAAACUUAAAACGAUAGUAUUAAGGUGAACAUAGUAUCGACUAGACAAGCUUAAUGGAAUCCGCUCUUGCUGUUGGACAUCACCCUGACAUCACCUGGUCUCCGAACUCCAGUUCUUCGGAUUGGUCAUUCGAAGGCACCCGUAACGUCAAAUUUAAUGGAAAUACGUCCGUAUAAGCAAGAGAUUAAGGUCACAAUUUAUUUAAUAACAAAAAUCAUGGUUGUCGUGUGUACUAUUUGUGAAGAAUAGGGUCGAUUUUAGUGCCAUGUACCCUAUGAAAUGGCAAGAAAACCAAAACUACCCUCUUAAGUAAGUUUUAAGAAUGUUCGCGCGCCCGCAGUGUAGAGCGAAGUGAAGUCGCGGUCGCGUGAGGGCGUUGACCCCGCUGGUGAUACGCGCAAUGGAUUUUACCAAAAAGUCGUGACGAAUUGAUUUGAGACAUUUAUUGUUUUUUUUUUUUUUUGAGUGACUUCAAACGAAUUUUCUUUAAAAAUUAUUGUUGUUGACCAAUGACAAACACUUGUCAAAUAAGUAUUGUAUAAACUCAAAAACGAAUUUUAAAUCUUAGAACUCGUAUCUCAAGAUGUGUGGCGGCAUUUACGUUGUAGAUGACUAUGAGCUCCGGUAACCACUUAAUAUCAGGUGAGCCGUGAGCUCUUCUAAAAAUAUUGACAUGUUACGUCGUAACAAAUAGACGCAUUUUUUUUUCUGAAACAUUUGGUAAACUCUAAUUUAUGUCGAUUUAUUUCUUCGAAUCCUUUCAACGCAUUUUAAAAAAAAUUUGGUGCUUAUUAUCGAAUAUAUUAUGAAGAAUCAAUGUUGUUAAGUCAAUUCAAAUAUACACAAAUAUUCAAAUAUAUACUUUACUGGUGGUAGGACCUCGUAUGGGUCCGCGCAGGUAGAUACCACCACCCUGCCUAUUUCUGCCGUGAAGCAGUAAUGCGUUUCGGUUUAAAGGGCGGGGCAUCCGUUGUAACUAUACCUGAGACCUUAGAACUUAUAUUUCAAGGUGGGUGGCGCAUUUACCUCGUGAAUGUCUAUGGGCUCCAGUAACCAGUUAACACCAGGUGGACUGUGAGCUCGUCAACCAAAGUAAGCAAUAAAAAAAAAAAACAAAUACACGCCUUUAAAAUUGCAUAGUGCAUUUAAACUUACCUAUUGUCGAUUAUAUACAUAUAAUAUAUAACUAUGUAGAUAAUUUUAAGAUUCCAUCCCAUAAAAUUAACAAAUGGUAUAUAAAAACGAAUUAUAUAAAGAUUUUUAAAUAAAUUAAAAGGAUAAUUUAAUCAUCAUUAUUGACUGACUUACAUUUUUAAUCGCCGAAUAAGACAUCCCAGUUCAUGACGUCACAUGUGGCCAGUCGCUAUGCUUUAGAGUGUAUUCUACGUAGGUUAGACCGCAGUUUACUUUGGCCACAUAUGACGUCACACAUAACUAAACUGUUUACAAAAAUAAAAAUAAUAUUUAAAAGAAUAUGUGUUCCGUAUAUUUAGUCAUGUUUUUCGAAAAUGUUUUUUUACAUGUUUCAAUAAAAUUCGUAGCUUAUGUGCUCAGCUAUGUACUAUAAUCUUUUACAUAAUGGAUAAUAAACAGGUUCAAAUUAUACUACCGUGAGUAAACUAAAGUAAACCUAUAUAUAUAUUGUCCCAUGGACCUCAACGUGGAAAUUUAUUGUGAUUAUAUAAACGUCGGUGACCUCUUAAAAUCGGGCGAACCGUUUUACCAUCUAAAUUAAUGUUAAAAAAAAUUACAAAAAAAACACUUAAAUUAACUUAAAAGAAACUAAAGUGCUUAAUUAGUAAUUAAUUAUCUUUUAUUGUGUACUUAUUAGGUUCAUACUGGUCCUAAAUUCCCCUCUUCUGUAAGUCUUAAAACAAUUACCAAUUAAUUGGACAAUGAUAGAUGAAGUCGCUUACAAAAAAGCUAAUUCAAUUUUGUGAAUGUCAAUUAAGCAUUUAUUUAAAUUUUAAUGCGAAUGUAAAAUUUUAAAAGUGAGAUUAGGACACAAUUGUGAUAAACAUUUUUACUUAAAGUUACCAAUAAAAAAAAAACAAUGUUACUUAAUUAAAAUUUAAAAAAACUAGUUUAAUUUUCGAUUUGUGUAAUAGACAAUUGUUUAUUUUUUAUAUAUACAUACAUAUAUUAAUUAUUAUUGGAUAAAUAAAUUAUUUGUAGUUUGAUUUAGUGUUUUCUGAGUGUGGCCCGUCGAAAAGGUAUAGAUAGAGCGAGACAGGGAUAACUUCACCACACUUACCCCCUCCCCUGCGUCGUAUAGAGUCGCGUCCUGUUGUUAACUCAUCAGUUCUGACCGAUUCUAUAUCAAGGAACCUCUUGGCAAUUUGAAGAAAUGCUUAGCCAAUGGCGGUUCACUGAUAAAAUGUGUGGAGAUUGGACAAAAUUCCGAAAAGUCCAGUGUAGUUUUAUUCUUUGGAAAUUCUCACUGAUUCACUGAAUAGUUAUUUCACUAUUUUUUUGGCCUUAAAAACAUGCUUUUGUCGUUACGAUUAUCCAAAAAAAAGUUUAUUCCUAGAGUCGAAAGUACUAUGGUUACAUAUACAGUAUGGUUCACACGUAUUCAUUGCAAUCUUUGCGUCCGUAGAUAAUACACAUAAAUUAAUUAUAGAUAAGCAACUCAAACACUCAACAAAAAUGUUUACGGGCGUCGGCCACUAGAUGGCUUCGCUUCGAUUAGUUUGCUCCUGUAGAUGGCAGUAACAUAUUACCUAUCCUAUAUUUUAUUUUUAAUGAAGGAUUUUGUAUAUUUUGACGAACGACAAAUUGAUAAAAUUUAAUCAAUUUGUCUAUAAUAAUAAAAAACUUGCCAGAUUUUUUUUUUUUUUCUUCUUUGUUUAGUUAACAAUAAUUUUUUAUAUCCACAUUUCAUUUGAACUCAUUUAAAAUAGUCGAUAGAUCUUUAUCUAAAUACAAUAAUGGAUAUUUAUAGAAAUAUUAUUUAAAUAGUUUUCCCCUCGUAUCGCCAAAAUUUUCUCUUAAGAUUUGUCCAGCCGUAGUCGUGUGAGUGUUUGAUCUUUUUUUUUUAUAUAACUGUCUUAAUUAAGAUGUUUAAAAUUAAUAUCAGACCAAAAUAUAUAUAAUUUAUAUACGCAAACCUUGUUCGAAUAUUGAAGACAUGAGUGGAUGAAGGGGAUAUGACACAAUUUGUUAAUUUUGAGAAAACCGGCAAAAAACUUUUGUUACCUACUUGUACUUUUUCUUCGUAUGUAACUCCUUCAUCACAUGCAAUUUCUAAAAUUAGCCUUUAAACCCGGAGCUUUAAGGUCUAAUAUGGUUUAUAGGCACAUAACACCUUCAUUCAAUCUGAAAACUCAAAAAUCUUAAAAACGGUAAUUAAUGUCUCCUAUUAUAUUAGUGAAAACUGUACCAAAAUCUGUAGCUUAAUUUAACAGAAGUAAGCGAAGGAACAGAAGCAGACAGAAUUUGUUUCAUAAUACUUAGAUUCCUAUUGAUGAUUUCAUUUUUAACCGACUUCAAAAAAGGAGGAAGUUCUCAAUUCGACUAUGUUUUUUUUAAUAUCUGUUUACCUCAUAACUUUCCACUGGGUGAAUCGAUUUUGAUGAUUCUUUUUUAUUAGAAAGCUGACGCUUCCCGUUCGGUCCCAUUUCAAUUUAGUCCAGUUCUGAUAAUGGUAUUCAUGAGAAAAGCAUAUAAGUUUUAAAUUUGCAUUAAGUACGUGCGCGACAAAUAAAAGAAUAACUCAAUAAAUCAAUAUCACGCCAACCGAUUUCGAUGAUUAUUGUAUAUUAAUUUGUUUUGGAAUAUCUUAUUUUUGUUCUAUUUGAAGUCGGUUUUUGUUAAAGCAUGUACUAUAUUUACAAUUAUAGUAACUAAAUUCUCAUAAGCGUGUACUCAAAAUAACUCUGCCUUUGAUUAUCGAAUUUUUUGUUAUCAAAUAAACAUGUAUGUUUUGUGAACUAUAUAAUUAUGUUCACGUGAUGGCGAUUAUGUAAGAGACUCAUAAAUGGGGCGGUCAGCGCAAAAGUGGCCUAAGCUUACCAUAGUUAUUAUCGAAAUAUUGAGGUUUGAAUUUACUUUUACAAUACUUCGCCGGCAAAAAAAUACGCGCAAAAAUAAUGUUUCCAACUACGAAUAGACUUAUUAUUUAUUCGUAGGUUUACAAAGGCAUCUGCUAUCUAUGUCUGAAACCAGGGUUUUUUUUUAUUGCUUAGAUGGGUGGACGAGCUCAAAGCCCACCUGGUGUUAAGUGGUUACUGGAGCCCAUAGACAUCUACGACGUACAUGCGCCACCCACCUUAAAAAACUAGGGGUGCGGCUCAUCCCUAGUUCAGUAGUUUUGAAUCAAAAUUUAUUAUGUAUUAAUUAAAUUGCAAUACAUAAACACGAAUAUGAAUUAUGGGUUAGGUCACUUUUGCGCUGACGACCUCAAAUAUUCUAAUAGUUAUUAACGAUGGCGCGGCCUAUGGUCUCCUGAUUCAAACGCGAACAAAUUGUACUUAUUUUAGAAUCGGUAAUGCUGAAUUGUCAGUUAAAUUCCUCAGAGUGCGUUCGUCUUUAGACGUUUAGAAAAAGUUAUGAGUUUGACUUUAGUUCCGGUGUUGCCAGUGUUCAAGGCGUGGAAUAUUCACUUUCCGACACGGAUGUCGUUCUAGGCAUUAUUUUGGAAAUGAAAGAAUGAGAAUACCGUCGCCAAUGCUGCUGUAGAAUUAUCCUCAACUUUUUGUAAUUAUCACACGAUGCGGCCAAUCCAUAGCUACCCUGAAGAAGUUUUUAUAAAGAAGUUUUCUAACUAAAUUAUUAGUUUGGCACGUUUAUCAACGCUGCUAUAGUCAAGUUACAGAAUAUUAAAAAGGAAAAUUGUCUAAAUUCUUUUUUGUGUCCGCUACCUUGCUUAAGUUUUUUCAUGAUCAAAGUUAUUAUUGUGAACUUCAAAAGUUUAAUAGUAAUUAUUUUCGUUUUGAGGGAUUUAAUUGGUAAAUUUGUAUACUAAUUAUGUAGCUUAAUUGUAUUAGCAACUUAUUGUCCGUAUUGUGGACGUGAUUAUGUUAUUAGUGAAAUAUAUUGAUUUUUUUUAA